AUGGGCAACUACUGCCUUGGCUUCAAGGAACAGCUGAUGCGGCGGCUGCGGCCUUUGCCCACUCUGCUUACCAUCCGCACUUUCAUGCCCCAGAGAAGGAGCAAAGACUACCGCGUGGUGGUGGUCGGCCCCGCGGGCGUGGGCAAGAGCGCGCUGGUGCAGAGGUGGGUGCGCGGCACCUUCGGCGAUGCCUACCUGCCAACCAUCGAAGACACCUACCGCCAGGUGAUGAGCUGCGACAACAGCGUGGGCGCUCUGCACAUCACCGACACCGCUGGCAGCCACCGAUACGCCGGCCUGAAGCGCCACGCUAUUGCCAAGGGCCAUGCGUUCAUUCUGGUCUACUCGGUCACCAAGAAGCAUACCCUGGAGAAACUGAAGCCCUUCUAUGAGCUGAUCCGCGAGAUCAAAGGCAAUAAACUGCACAAAUGCCCCAUCGUGCUGGUGGGCAACAAGAGUGAUAAGAGCCACCGCCAGCUGGCGGCGAGGGAUGGAGCCGCCUGCGCUCUCCAGUGGAAUUGCGCCUUCUUGGAGACCUCCGCGAAGAUGGAUGUCAACGUGAGCGAGCUGUUCCUCAUGCUGCUGACCCAUGAGAAGAAGCCUGCUGGCUGCCUCCAGAUCCCCCAGAAGAAAGCUGAGGUGCCCAAGGACACCGAGAAGCUGCUGGACAAAUGCAUCAUCAUGUGA